AUGGAGAGGGUGCGGGUUGGGCGGAAGGAGAAGCGCGGGGAGGAGGGGAGGCGCGGGGGUCGCGCGGAGAGCGAGGAGCGGGAGGAGCGUGAUAAGGGUGAGGGGAGGAGGGAGAGAGAUCAGAUGAGGGCGAGGGAUGGCUUGGGGGAAGGUGAGCGCGAGCGAGAUGUGAUUAGGGUCAGGGACGGCGGGAGGGGCAGGGAGAGCGAGAGGGGACGAGGAAGGGAUGACGUGGAUGGGAGGCGAAGGGAGAGAGAGGAUGAUGGUGGCAGGGAUAGGCGAUGGGAUGGCGAGAUGGAGAGGGAGAGGGAGCGAGACGGCAGGAGGGGGAGGGGCAGGUCGGGCCGGCACAGGCGGGGAGGGUCCGAUUCGGAUGGGAGUGAGAGCAGCGGCGAGUGGGAGAGGGAGCGAGAGAGGGAGAGGGGGGGGCGGGGCGACGGGCGGGGGGCUCCCGUGCGCGCACCCAAUGCUGAUGCUGCCGCCACUCCUGCCCCCGCCGCUGCUGCCGCUGCUGGCGGAGCAGCAGGCCCAGGCGCAGGUCCGGCAGCAGGCAAGGCAGCAGCAGCGCGGGACACAGGGCGCACGGGAGGCGCGUACAUCCCGCCGUUCAAGCUGGCGCGCAUGCUGCAGGAGGUGAACGACCGCAGCAGCGCGGAGUACCAGCGCCUCACGUGGGACGCGCUGCGCAAGUCCAUCAACGGGCUGGUCAACAAAGUCAACGCCAGCAACAUCAAGAACAUCAUUCCGGAGCUGUUUGGGGAGAACCUGGUGCGGGGGAGAGGGUUGCUGUGCCGCGCGUGCAUCAAGUCCCAGAUGGCGAGUCCGACCUUCACGCACGUGUUUGCGGCGCUCGUGGCGGUGGUGAAUACCAAGUUCCCGGAGCUGGGCGAGCUGCUGCUGAAGAGGAUUAUACUGCAGUUCAGGCGGGCGUUUCGGCGCAACGACAAGCCGGUGCUGGUGGCGGCGUGUCGCUUCCUGGCGCACCUGGUCAACCAGCAGGUGGCUCACGAGAUUGUUGCUCUUGAGCUGCUCACACUGCUGCUGGAGACGCCUACGGAUGACAGUGUCGAGGUGGCAGUGAGCUUCGUGAAGGAGUGUGGCGCCAUGCUGCAAGACCUCUCGCCCCAGGGCCUCCACAGCAUAUUCGAGCGGUUUCGCGGCAUCCUGCACGAGGGGGAGAUCGACAAGCGCGUGCAGUUCACCAUCGAGGGGCUCUUUGCCAUCCGCAAGGCCAAGUUCGAGGGCUUCCCAGCAGUUCUCCCCGAGCUGGAUCUGGUGGAGGAGGAGGAUCAGAUCACACACGAGCUCUCACUGGAGGAGCCGUAUGACCCCGAGACUUUGCUGGACGUGUUCAAAUUUGACCCCGACUACCUUGCAAACGAGCAGCGCUACAAGGAGAUCAAAGCGGAGAUCCUGGGGGACGAGGAGGAGGAGGAGGACGAGAAGGGCGAAGGGGGGGGUGAUGAUGACGACGAUGAGGAGGAUGAGGAGAGCAGCGAGGAGGAGGAGGACGAGGAGGAGCAGGCGAAGCAGCAGGAGAUUCGCGACGAGACGGAGACGAACCUGGUGAAUCUGCGGCGCACCAUCUACCUGACCAUCAUGGCUUCGGUCAACUUUGAGGAGGCCGGGCACAAGCUGAUGAAAAUCAACCUGCAGCCGGGACAGGAGAUGGAGCUGUGUGAGAUGCUGCUCGCCUGCUGCUCCCAGGAGCGCACCUACCUGCGCUAUUAUGGGCUGCUGGGUCAGCGCUUCUGCAUGCUCAACCGUGCCUACCAGGAGUGCUUCGAGCAGUGCUUUGUGAAGCAGUACAGCAUGAUCCACCGCCUCGAGACCAACAAGCUGCGCAACGUCGCCAAGCUCUUUGCCCACUUCCUCGCCACCGACGCCAUGCCGUGGGCGCUGCUCUCCUACAUCCGACUGACUGAGGAGGACACCUCUUCCUCGUCCCGCAUUUUCAUUAAGAUCAUGUUCCAGGAGAUGUCGGAGCAGCUGGGGCUGCGCAAGAUGAACGAGAGGCUCAGCGACCCGACCAUGGGGGCGGCAUUCGACGGCAUUUUCCCCAAAGACACGCCCAAGAACACGCGCUUCGCUAUUAACUUCUUCACUUCUAUCGGUCUGGGAGGGCUGACAGACAACCUGAGGGAACACCUGAAGAACAUGCCAAAGCUUAUCAUGCAGCAACAGAAGCCUGUUCAGGUGCAAGGGCUGCUGGACCAGAACCGGCUGCUGAUACACGAGAUCAAGGCGAACCACGAGGCGAGGCUACCGGAUGGGCUCAUGCGCAACGUGACGCUCAUUAGAGAGCUCAACUCCAACGUCACCAAGGUAGUGGAUCUCUACGCUGACAUCUCCCGCACCUUCGUGCGCACCUUUGGCACCUCUGCAGCUGCCGGCGCCUCUCCUGGCGCUGCUGGGGGGGAUGUUGCUGCCGCUGGGGCUGCAAGUGACGGCUAG